GGUAAAGUAUUAUUGUUGCUAUUUCUGCUAGUGGUAUUAAGAUGAGUGGUAGGGGCAAAACCGGUGGCAAAACUCGGGCUAAGGCCAAGACUCGUUCUUCCAGGGCUGGCUUGCAGUUCCCUGUUGGCCGUGUUCACAGGCUGCUCCGCAAAGGUAACUAUGCACAGCGAGUUGGUGCUGGAGCUCCAGUCUAUUUGGCUGCUGUGCUAGAAUACCUCACUGCUGAAAUCCUGGAGUUGGCUGGUAACGCUGCCCGCGACAACAAGAAGACGCGCAUCAUUCCUCGUCACCUGCAGCUUGCUGUUCGUAACGACGAAGAGCUGAACAAACUGCUGGGUGGUGUGACUAUCGCACAGGGCGGCGUGCUGCCCAACAUCCAGGCUGUGCUGCUGCCCAAGAAGACUGAGAAGCCGGCUAAGACCAAGUAAACUAGCGUCUUGGACUUGCAUUGACCACCAAACGGCUCUUUUAAGAGCCAC